ACUAGUGAGUAGUGAGAAGUCGUCACUAUACAUAGUCGAACGUGCGCUAAAUACGAAUUACACGAAUAAACGGCUUGAGUCUAUUCAGUAGUAUUUGACGUACAGUACCUAUUAUUAUAGUCAGUACUAUAAUUGUACUUAUGCUGUAUGGUUCUUAGUUGGAACACCUACAUUAAUCGCGUGCGUUUCUAUAAUUUAUUUUUCUUUAAAUCGAUUCAAAUCAUUCUUUUUCACUAAAGUACCUAUAAUAAUAAUACGACAGUCAAUUUUCAGACAGGUAAAAAUAUAUUUUAUUCGUCUAUACAUUCCGAGAAAUAAAAAUGACAUCGAUACCGAAAAACGUAAAAUUACGCCGAGAACUAGGCCUAUUCAGUGCCGUCUGUCUCAUUAUCAGCGUAAUGUUGGGAUCAGGAAUAUUUGUGUCUCCGGCCAAUGCGUUAAAGAACACAGGUUCUGUGGGCAUGUGUCUGGUCAUUUGGGCAUCUUGCGGGCUGUUAUCGCUUUUGGGUGCCAUGUCGUACGCUGAACUUGGCACGGUGGUCAAUAAGUCGGGAGGUGAGUUCAGUUUCUAUCAGUCUGCAUUCGCUGACAUGCAUAAGUUCUGGGGACCUCUACCGAGUUUUAUAUACUCUUGGGUGAGCAUCAUGUACGUUCGUCCAGCCGAGGUGGCCAUCAUUAUUUUGACGUUCUCUGAAUACUUCAUCCGGCCGUUCAGCAUUCUGACUGACAUGACGCCCGAAUCCGAACACACAGUAAAAAAGACUGUCAGCAUACUUGCACUCGGUAUCAUAACUUUUAUCAACUACACUAGUGUCAAGUGUUUCAUAAAAAUCCAAAAUGUGUUCACUAUAUGUAAAGUUACUGCCUGCAUAUUUGUUAUAGUAGGUGGAAUAUAUCAACUUUAUCUAGGAAAUACUAAGAAUUUGAUGACCGGUUUCGAAGGCACGACAUUAUCCAUAGACACGCUGCCGAUAGCUUUUUACAGUGGCUUAUGGGCAUACGAUGGAUGGACGGCUACAACUGUGGUGUCCGAAGAAAUCAAGAAUCCUCAAAGGAACAUACUGCUCAGUAUUCUUCUGGCGGUACCGUUUGUUACCAUGAUUUAUGUUCUGAUGAACGUGUCGUACUUAACAGUCCUGUCGGUCGCAGAAAUGACUUCAGUCCAGGCGGUAGCAGUUGAAUUCGGAACUCGAGCACUGGGAAGUUUUAGUUUUAUUAUUCCACUCGGUGUAGCAAUGGCAACAUUUGGUUGUGCGCUCAGUGUCCAAUUUGGAAUAACCAGAUUGUGUUUCGCCGCGAGUAGAGAAGGUCAAAUGUUGGAAGUUUUCUCUUACGUGAGCGUAAAAAAGCUAACGCCCGCUCCCGCUGUAGUUUUACAGGGCUUGCUCACGUUAAUUUGUCUAUUAUGUGGAGACAUUGUGGUGUUAAUAGAGUUCGCUAGCUUCUUAGUGUGGAUGUUCUACGGUAUCUCCAUGGCAGCAUUAAUAGUGAUGCGUUAUACCAAAAGAGACGUUAAACGUCCAUUCAAAGUGCCAAUUGUAAUUCCGAUAUUCGUGCUCAUUGUGUCUACCGUUUUAUUCAUCACGCCCAUACUCAGCGAUCCCAAGCCACAGUUCCUCAUUGGUCUUGUGUUCAUUCUGUCAGCGUUUUUGAUAUACAUUCCAUUUGUUUACCUGAAAAAGAGAUUAUCGAUAGUCGAUGACUUCACUAAGUUCAUUCAAUACUUAAUGGUUGUCGUGCCACCGGAGAAAGAUGAAGGGGAGGCCGAGGAAAAUCAUACCGUGGAAGGCGACGAGGGUGAAACUGAGGCUCCCAUGAUUGCCGCGGUGGUGUGAAAAUCGCCUUAAUAUAAUAUAUAACAAGCCUCACUUCCGAAGGACACAGUACUUCCGGAUGGUCGCGUUUUAUAUUACUGUACCUAUAAUAUUAAUUAUGAUUUAUACGACUGUGGAAACGGAAUGCUAAUUUAAGGUUUAUUUUACGUCAUGUCCACGUUAUAUAUACAAGCAGCGAAUCUGUGAUAUUAGGAUUAACAAUUUUAUAGUAUGUAUAUAUAACUAUCCUCAAACCAGUCGUAUACUACAUUAAGAAUAACGCCACCUAAAUUGUAUUAAAGAUAAAGAAGUCAAUUAUACUACUUAUCAUAAUAAUUUAUAAGUAUAUUUACCUAACGUUAAUGUCGUAGGUACAUAUAUAUAUAUAUAUUUAUAUGUGUAUUUAAAUUCAUCUUUUGUAUUAUUAUUAUUAUUAUUAUUAUUAUUAUUAUUAUUUAUUAUUUAUAAUAUUUAUAUAAAAGGUUUUCGCCUGUGUACUAUGUACAUUUACAAAUUGGAAAUUACUAAUAAUCGUCUGUAUACAGAUAUAUUAUAUGUAGGUAUAUAUUAUAUAUAUAAACAAUAUAGUUCACAUUUGUAACAAUUU